AGAAACGAUUCCGGUGUUGUUAUGGCUGAAGUAUGGACCCGCAUGUAGCUAGUUAGAUAGCUAUGUAGCUAACUCAACAUCUUCAGAAAAAAACAAACCUACAUCUCGACCGAGCCUCGUUUUGUGGGACGUUUUAAGCUGUAUAAAUAGACAUAGCUACAAAAUGUCUGUCCUUUGUUAUAAUAAGGGUUGUGGGCAACGCUUUGACCCUGAGAAAAAUUCUGAUGAUGCUUGUACGUAUCAUCCUGGAGUGCCGGUUUUCCAUGAUGCCCUGAAGGGUUGGUCCUGCUGUAAGAGACGGACAACUGAUUUUUCAGAUUUCCUUAGUAUUGCUGGUUGCACAAAGGGACCUCAUAACCAGGAGAAACCACCUGAACCUGUUAAACCUGAAGUGAAGACAUCUGGAGAAAAGAAGGAUCUCGAUGGCCUUAAACCAAAGUUUAAUGAGUCUAUCAUCCAAGCACCAAAACCUGUUGAAUCUAUUCAGCGGCCAAGUCCCGAUGAACCAUUUUCAAGGCUACAGCAAAAAGUCUCUGUUUCGCUCAGACAGGCAUUAGAAAAGCUCAAGUUAUCUGACAAUGCACCUGGUAGAAAUGAGGAAGAAGAUGAUGACAUUAAAAUUGGAACAUCUUGUAAGAACGGGGGUUGCACUAAGACCUUCUGUGGAGCAGAGAGCAAUGAAGAAGUUUGCUUGUAUCAUGCUGGGGUGCCAAUAUUCCAUGAGGGAAUGAAAUACUGGAGCUGCUGCAAGAGGAAAACAUCUGACUUCAACACCUUUCUGUCUCAGGAAGGUUGCUUUAAAGGAGCCCAUCUGUGGCGUAAGGAGGACACGGGUAAAAAGGCUGUGCCUUGCAGAUCUGAUUGGCACCAGACUGGAAGUCAGGUCAUCAUAACCAUUUAUGCCAAAAACUCUGUCCCUGAGCUGAGCUUCGUGGAUGGAAACAGUACAAUGUUGGAUAUCCACAUAUUAUUUGAUGGAGAUAAGGAAUUUGCACAGAAGAUUGUCCUAUGGGGAGUCGUUGACUCAAGUAAAAGCACAGUUAACAUGAUGGCAGCCAAGAUUGAGAUUGCACUGAAGAAAGCUGAGCCAAUGUCCUGGGCACGGUUGGACCUUCCACCUGUAGUGACUUCACCCAAAGAGAAAGAAAAGAUGAGUGAGAGUGACGAUGACCAAGUAGAUGAGUGACUGCAUGCAAAAUACUGUAGGAAGACUGCAACCUGAACACUUGACAAGAUUGACACGAUGCAUGAAAGCAUCCUUCUUUAAAGCCCAGCAUUUGGGUCCUGAUUUCACUGUAACUUACAUAAUUGUCCCACACACACACCCCCCCCCCACAUGCUAGAGGACUUGAGUUAAAAUGAGUAA